AUGGGCAACCAGCCGUCCAGCACCAAAAAGGGCGAGAAGGGCGCGGAUGGCGUGGCCCUCGGGCGCGAGUACUAUCGUUCGUUCGAGAGAUCUGACACACAAGGCUCCACCCGCUCGAUACGCAACUCGAUCCGAUCCAAAAUCCCUGGCACUGGGAAGAACGACAGCCCGCGGAACUCCAUCGGCAAUCUCUCAGAAGUCAGCGGCAAACCCGACAAAACAGAAGGCAAAAGGUCACGACGAGGCUCGCUUGCAGGCUCAUCUGCCCCCGCGAUCUCAGAUGUUGCUCCUGAGGCAGCAACGCGAGUGGAUUCGGUGCCAGACGAACAACAACCCCCGCCCUCUCCUGUUCACGGUGCUACGCUCGGCACGGGUCACGAGGGUGUGGAAAAGGCUCAAGAGGCUGGAGAAGUCGACUACGUCUCGGACGUCCCACCAACGGGUGUCCCUCUUCCAUUGAGCUCCGCGCAGCCUGGAGAGUCCAUAUUGCAGAAGAAGGGACAGCCUAUACCCAGACUCCCAGAGCCCCCAGCGGCGAAUGAUGGAUCUGGAUCGCCCAUGGAGAUCAGCGCGCUCAAGUCUAUCGAUCUUGAUGACAUGAUUCAGCGGCUGUUAGAUGCUGCAUACGCUGGGAAAGUCACAAAGACGGUCGCUUUGAAGAACGCGGAGAUCUUUGCGAUUUGCUCUGCCGCACGGGAGGUCUUCCUCAGUCAGCCCUCACUUCUGGAGCUUGCAGCCCCGGUGAAGAUUGUUGGCGACAUCCAUGGACAGUACACCGAUCUGAUCCGCAUGUUCGAAAUGUGCGGCUUUCCACCGAACUCAAACUAUCUUUUCCUCGGCGACUACGUAGAUCGUGGCAAGCAGAGCUUGGAAACGAUACUGCUGCUACUUUGCUAUAAGCUCAAGUUCCCUGAGAACUUCUUUCUCCUGCGCGGCAACCACGAAUGCGCCAACGUCACACGUGUUUAUGGUUUUUACGACGAGUGCAAGAGAAGAUGCAAUAUCAAGGUCUGGAAGGCAUUUGUUGACACGUUCAAUACUCUCCCGAUUGCGGCAAUUGUGGCACAGAAAAUCUUCUGUGUGCACGGAGGACUGUCGCCUAGCUUGUCACACAUGGACGAUAUUCGACAGAUUGCGCGGCCCACGGACGUGCCUGACUACGGCCUGUUAAACGAUCUUUUGUGGAGCGAUCCUGCGGAUAUGGAGAACGAUUGGGAGUCAAAUGAACGUGGUGUCAGCUACUGCUUUGGGAAAAAGGUCAUCAUGGAGUUCUUGCAGAGACACGACUUUGAUCUUGUUUGCAGAGCUCACAUGGUUGUGGAAGAUGGAUAUGAAUUUUUCACGGACAGGGUCUUGGUCACUGUAUUCUCGGCACCAAAUUACUGCGGCGAGUUUGACAACUGGGGUGCAGUCAUGUCCGUUUCCGGGGAGCUGCUUUGUAGUUUUGAGCUUCUCAAGCCCCUCGAUUCCAGUGCGCUCAAGAGUCAUAUCAAAAAGAGCAGGAACAAACGUCAGAGCAUGCUCAACUCACCAGUACGUAUCAAAUCUGAUGGCAAGCUGAAUAUAUCUUCAGAACUAUCUAUUAUUUUUUAG